CAAUGGCAGCCUAAACCCUCUCCGAAGCGUCAGAAAAUUCGCCGCCGCAGCGCACAGUACGUCAAAGUGACGAUCAGAGUCAUCAACUAGGGUUUAACACUGUUUGAUUCAUACAUAGAUUCACAAGUAUAAAGUUCUACAGUAAUUUUCCUAAAUAAUCAAAAAAAAAAAUGUCAGUUCCUUCACCUAGUUCUUGUAUAUCAAAUCUUCUCAGUGUAUCAAACGACUCCGAUUCAACGAAGCGAUGUGUAAGUCAUAAUGUGAUAGUAGAAUUUAGGGUUUUACGGUGUUCUCAAUACUCUACUUCGGGAAAGCUUUUAGCUUUCAAUUAUUCGAGUGGGAAAAAGAGAAUAUUCAGCGUCAAAUGCACCAAAUCGGGGACUGGUUCAGAGCCUACGAAGAUUUCGGAGGAACCAGCAAAAAUUGAUGAUGGAAGUGGCGGAGAUGGUGGGAAUGGGUGGUUGCCGCCGGGAGGAGGUGGCGGUGGCGGUAGCGAUGAUGGUGGAAAGAAUGAUGAGGAGUUUAUGACGUAUGAAGAGGUGAUGAGGGAGGUGGAAAAUCGAGGUGGGUCGAAUCUUCCUUCGGAUAUGUUGGAGGCUGCAAAGACUACGGGGCUUAGCAGACUUAUUCUUUCUCAAUACUUGGAUUUUCAGGGGUCUGUUUGGCCGCUAGGCUUUCUGAUUAGACACUCCACAAUGCUGCGGAAUCGGAUGCUAGCUGAUCCUUCUUUUCUGUAUAAAGUUGGAUCUGAGGUAGUGAUUGAUUCUUGUUGUGCAACAUUUGCGGAAGUUCAGAAGAGAGGAAAGGAUUUCUGGGCAGAAUUUGAGCUGUAUGCUGCAGACCUUUUGGUUGGCAUAGUUGUUGACAUUGCUUUGGUUGGUAUGUUAGCACCAUAUGCUCGUAUUGGGAAUAGACCAGUUUCAAGCGGCUUCUUUGGAGGCUUACAAAAUGCAUGUGCAUCCCUUCCAAGCAGUGUUUUUGAAGCUGAGUCAUCAGGAUGUAAAUUUUCUGUGAAGCAGCGGAUUGCGACAUAUUUUUACAAGGGUGUGUUGUAUGGGUCAGUUGGAUUUGGGUGUGGUAUUAUUGGGCAAGGCAUUGCAAACCUGAUCAUGACAGCCAAACGGAGCAUCAAGAAAUCGGAAGAGGACAUACCUGUUCCUCCUUUACUGAAAAGUGCUGCUCUCUGGGGUGUUUUUCUUGCGGUGUCUUCCAACACCCGUUAUCAAAUUGUAAAUGGACUGGAACGCCUGGUUGAAGCAUCACCUUUGGUGAAGCAGAUCCCGUCUGUGUCAUUGGCUUUCACUUUCGGUGUACGAUUUGCCAACAAUAUUUAUGGUGGAAUGCAGUUUGUAGAUUGGGCCAAAUUGAGUGGGGUGCAAUAGAGCCAGCAUUUUUCAUCUCAGUGUAGAUUAUACUCGGCCUUUAUUACAUGGAAUAAUGAUUUAGGUUGAUACAUUUGGCAUCUGCUUGCUCUGUUCUUUCAUUUCCUGCACUGUUUUCCAAAAUAAGAAGCCUUCCUUUGCACUUUAUAUGCCCAAGAACCUUGGGUUUUGUUUGGAGGAGCAAACUUAGGAUGUAUGCAAUUAUCUACAGACCAUGCACCUCAGGUAAAUUACAAUUCUCUCAUAUGUUUAUUAUAAAUUUUGAAAUUGCGAGUACAGGGUCCACUUAUAUUCAAAAUUGUAUUAUUCGUGAUUACAUGAUGGGUGAUUAUUU